CUCAAUUAUUUAUUUUGUUUCCCUCAAUUGGACUCUUGCUAAGCUCCCAUGAUGAGGAAUCUGUCGGUGCUCGCACCUAUCGUUUCCAUCUUCUGCUUAUUCUUCCUUUCCCUUCUUUAUCAUAUCACACCUUCUUCCACGCCUCCUUGUUAUGUCCCUAUUGUUGCUAUUACCCUCGACUGUGGCAGUGCCACUUCAGCCACAUCGAUAGAUAGGUAUGGGCGCAACUGGACUGGGGACUUUAAGUCCAAGUUCUUUCCCAAAGAAGAACUUAAUCUCAAAUCUAAUACCUCUCAAGCCCCAAAAGAAGGCAUCGAAAUAAAAGCCCCCUACACCACUGCACGUAUAUCUUAUUCUCAAUUCACCUACGUAUUUCCACUCCCCGCUGGCCCGAAAUUCGUUCGGUUGCACUUUAGCCCAGUCAUUUCCUCAGGUGUUGGUGGAUCUAAGGCCUUUUUCACUGUCAAAUCAGGUUCGUUCACCUUACUUAGAAACUUCACUGCUUCCGUUAUUUCUGCUGAUUCUUCGCAAAUUGUAAAAGAGUUCUGCAUCAACGUCGAAGAGAAUCAAAAAUUGAAUUUAACCUUCAUCCCUUUUUCGACCACUACUAUUAAUUUCUAUGCUUUCAUUAAUGGAAUUGAGAUCGUGUCCAUGCCUGAUGAGCUGUACUACAGUCCAAAAGGUGCACCCAUAGUCGGCCAAAGUUCAACAACGUUCUACAUAGACUACAACAUGGCACUCGAGAAGAUUUAUCGGUUAAACGUGGGUGGGAGCUCGAUACCACCAACAGAAGACACUGGCAUGUUUAGAGAAUGGUUGCAGGAUAACAAGUAUUUCUGGAGUGGUACAGAAUUCGUAAUUCCUCAUAAUUCAUCUUUGAAACCCAUCUAUACAAAAAUAAAAAAUUACACAGCACCAGAUGCUGUUUAUCGGUCUGCAAGGACAAUGGGUACAAACCGAAACUUGAACAAGCAGUCGAAUUUGACAUGGGAAUUACAAGUUGAUUCAGGAUUCCGUUACCUGGUGAGGCUCCAUUUCUGUGAAAUAGACUUCAAUAUAAACAACCCAGGCGACAGGCGAUUCGUUAUUGAUAUAGACUAUCAGUUUGCUGAACUCGAUGCGGAUGUAAUUGGGUGGACUGAGAGUCGCGAUACGCCAAUUUACAAGGACUACGUAGUAAUGAUCCAAAAGAAGGGAAAUGAGGACAACCAUAUUCUCUCCAUUGAUCUACACCCUGUAAGUGUAACUGACAGUUUUUUCGACGAUGCGAUUUUAAACGGUGUGGAAGUGUUCAAACUGAGCGACCAAACUGGUAACCUUGCAGGACCUAGUGAAAUGCUUCCCACUCCACGUGAUGCCUCAACAAUCAAGGAGUCCAAAGCAAAGAAAACAAUAUUCAUUGCCAUUGGAAGUGGUGUGGGCUUCUUAGUGGUACUCACUUCAGUGUGUUGCGUGGUUCUCUUGAAACUAAGGAAGUCUAAGCGCUAUGGUUCUUACUACUCACUAUCAAAGUGCUGGUGCUGGCGUGAUCCAUACAAAGGAAAGUCAACAAGGACGAAAGCCUCGUCAUUACCUGAAGAACUAUGCCGCCAAUUCUCAAUAGACGAAAUCAGAACAGCAACCGACAACUUCAACCAAGAACUGAUUAUCGGCCGAGGUGGUUUUGGCUAUGUAUAUAAGGGUUUCAUCGACGAUGGUACUGUGAUUGUGGCAAUCAAGCGCUUGAACCCCGAGUCUCGACAAGGUAAUCGAGAGUUCAGAACUGAGAUCGAGAUGCUUUCCCAACUUCGUCAUGGCCACCUUGUUUCUCUCAUUGGAUACUGCAAUGAUGAGGGUGAGAUGAUCCUUGUCUACGAAUACAUGACAAAUGGAACCCUCAGUGAGCAUCUCUUUGACACCAAAAACGAUCCUCUAACAUGGAAACAAAGACUCGAGAUAUGCCUCGGGUCGGCAUGUGGUUUGCACUACCUCCACACAUGCAUGAAGAAUCCUAUUAUCCACCGUGAUGUGAAGGCCACCAAUAUUCUAUUGGAUGAUAAAUGGGCAGCUAAGGUUUCGGAUUUUGGGUUGUCCAAAAUGGGUUUGGAUCAAACUGCUGUUACGACCAUUGUUAAGGGUACACCAGGAUAUUUGGAUCCUGAUUAUGCAAGGCGUCAGCAAGUGACUGAGAAAACUGAUGUAUACUCGUUUGGUGUGGUGUUGUUGGAAGUGUUAUGUGGACGAAAGGCUGUGAAUACAAAACUUGGGCAAGAGCAAUUGCAUCUAGCCAGCUGGGCUCGGAAAUGCAUUGGAAAUGGUACCAUUUAUGAGAUCAUUGAUCCAUAUCUAAAGGGGAAGAUUGCGCCAGAAUGUUUCAAGGUCUACGUAGAGAUCGCAGAGAAUUGUGUGCGUGAUCAGGGGAUCCAACGGCCUACGAUGAACGAUGUGAUGGAAAGGCUCGAGUUUGCAUUGGAGCUGCAACAAAAUGCGGACACCGAACAGGAGAAAAUCAAUCCUAAUGCUGAUAUUACCUAUCAGGAAGUGAGAUCGUUUCAUGUUUCUGGCCCAGCUGGCGCUGUUGCUCCCCGACAAAACAACUUUCACAAUAUUGGACCCGUGUUGGAUUCGGAUACUGGUAAUGAGCCAUCUACAAUUAAUAGUUCUGAGAGUGUCACUGGCGCAAGUCGAGACAUCUUCUCGGACAACCCCAACGCUACAACUUAAGGUAUACUUAUACGUAUUUCUAAAUGAAUAGUUCUAGGGUCAAGCACUGAUUAGAAAAAAGGUUAUGGGUGCGUUUAAGUUGUGUGUGAUACAAGUCGUUUGUCUGUCACUUUUUGCUUUUCAGGCCACGUUUGAGUGUUGUAGUUUUUUUUUUUUUUGGGAGAAUUGUAGUUAUCUUCAUUUUGUGCAAACGACAAUGUAUUAAGUGCUAAUCUAAUGCAGUAUAUGGGUUGUUGAGUGUA